AUGUCGCUGCAAGUCAUUCUAGCCAUCUACAUCACUCUUCAACAACCACAUCGCAAUGGCUCUUCUCCGGGCAAGAAGACGAGAAUCACAGCUACCCUGCGCGCACUUUACGGACCUGGUGUAGAAAAGAUCAAGAUCGACAGCCGAGUCUUCCAGACAACGAGCAACCGCAAGCUCGAGUUCAACAUUGUCUCAUCCAACUACCAUCUCGAGAUAACACCUAGCGAUGUGGGCAACUAUGACCGUGUUGUUGUGCAAGACCUGCUCAAGGAGGUUGCGCAGACGCAGCAAGUCGAUGUGGCGGCCAAGCAACGCUUCAAGGUUGUUGUCAUCAAUGAGGCAGACCAUCUCACCAGAGACGCCCAGGCUGCCCUGAGAAGAACAAUGGAGAAAUACAGUCCCAACCUGCGCUUGAUCCUCCUGGCCAACAGUACGAGCAAUAUCAUUGCUCCUAUUCGAAGUCGUACCUUGCUUGUCAGAGUUGCUGCACCCACCGAAGAAGAAAUCUGUACAGUCCUGGCUCAGGUCGGAAAGAAGGAGGGCUACACACGCUGCGAGGGUCUUGAGAAGAGGAUCGCCAAAGAGAGCUACCGCAACUUGCGUCGUGCUCUGCUCAUGUUCGAGGCUAAGACACUCAUCCCACCUCCAGAUUGGGAAGCACUCAUCUCUCAAGUUGCUGACGAGAUCCUCGCCGAGCGCAGCCCUGCCCGCAUCCUACAGGUCAGAGCUAAGCUCUAUGAUCUGCUUACCCAUUGUAUUCCAGCCAGCACCAUCUUGAAGACACUGACCUUCAAGUUGAUACCGAAGAUCGACGACGCUCUCAAGACUGAGAUUAUCAAAUGGUCGGCUUUCUACGAGCAUCGUAUCCAGAUGGGCACAGUAAGCGACGCCUUUGUCCCGGCUAUCCAUCCUCGAUACUGA